AUGUACCGCAAGUUUAUGAAGAGUUGGCGACAGUAUCUGCGCUCGUGGUAUAUGUUUUUCUUUAGCCUCCCGACGCCACUGCCCGAGUGGGCCCUCGCGGGCAACGAUUACUUCAUGCUUGACUACCUGUACCGCACGGGUGACGGCCGACCACUGCUCGCCGACGAGCACAUGGAGGCAUACAAAUACACGUUUCAACACAACGGCUUGACCGCACCGUUGAAUUGGUACAGGGCCAAUUUGGCCGGCAGGCAAAAAGGAUCAACUAUUGUCGUGGAAAAUGGCGGCCGCGCACCGGAGUGCCCCGAUCUGGUCAACCAGUAUAUGAGGAAAUUCUUGACCCACCAUUCAUUGUAG